AUGGGGUCCUUCAAGUUCAUUAAUGUUGCCAUUAUUGUAGCUAUGUUGGUUCCUUCAAUUUCAGCAGUCGAUUACUUGGUAGGGGAUGACGCAGGAUGGACUGUUGGGUUCGAUUAUCAAACUUGGGCUCAGGAUAAGAUGUUUUUUGUUGGUGACAGACUAGUAUUCAACUAUCCCGCCGGAGUUCAUAAUGUUUUCAAAGUAAAUGGUACCGACUUCAGACAAUGCACAACACCAGUGGGUGCAGUGCCGCUGACGAGUGGAAACGAUGUGAUUACAUUAGCAACUCCCGGAAGAAAAUGGUACUUGUGUGGUGUUAGUAAUCAUUGCUCCAUCGGCCAAAAGCUCUCUCUGUAUGUCAUGACGGUUCAGAUUGCAUGGUCUCCCAUCUCCCCACCAUCUCCCGCACCUUCACCAUUUCCCGCCUACAUAUAAUAAUAUCCCGAUGACACCACAGAAGAGCGUCAGCACCA